UCCGAAAAUGGCGCUGUCCUGUGUGGCGGUAUGCCGCGGUUUGUCUGUGGCAUUGUACGGAAUCAGAAUUAAUGGGGUCACAGUUAUAUACUCCUCUUUCACGGCCACCUCUGGAGCAAGACUGCCGCUGUACAGACACUACUCAUCCCCCAAAUCCAGGCUAGGGAUUGGCCUGCAAGUUGUGUCAAGGCUGCAAGAGGCCAAUGCCAAAUAUGAACUCUUCCUCCAAAGAUGUUUUCCUCGCUUUUAUGUUCUCCAUCACACUUUUACGAGAGGUAUUCAGCUCCUUUUCCAAGAUGCCAAAGAGGUGAAGGUGAUAAAAACAAGGAUGCUCACCAACAGUGUCGAAGUCCAGGACUUGCCCUAUCGUGAUAUGGAGAAACUCAGGCAGUUUCGCAGAGACAUGAUCAAAGCCAUUCCGCUGCUGUUAAUUUCUAUUCCUCCAUUUGCCAACUACCUGGUUUUUGUCCUAAUGUACCUUUUCCCCCGCCAGCUCCUGAUCCGCCACUUCUGGACCCCCCAGCAGCAGAAUGAGUUCCAGGGAGUGAACCAUUCCCACAGGGCCCAACACCACUGGGCAGUGCUGAAGGGGCUUGAGAGUGCAGGUUCACAUGUCAAAGAUGGCUGCCUAAAGAUCAGCCUACUAGACCUCUGCAACAAGGUGCAAAGUGGGGUACACCCUAACAUAUCUGACAUCCAGGCGAUUCGAGGCUUGUUUUCUGGACCUCCCCUGAGUAUCAAGAGAAUAAACGCAGAUCAGAUGAGGCAACUCUGUCCCCUGUUCUUCCUGACUCCCCACCUCCCAACCCCCAUGAUUGGCACUCGACUGAACAGCCACGCCAUAGAGCUGCUACAGCUGGACCGUGCUCUCAGCAGACAUGGCCUGCACCAGUUGGAUGACUCUGAGCUGAGACAGGCAUGCUAUGUCAGGGGACUUGACUCUGGCAGUCUCAGCGUCAACCAGUGUCAGGAAUGGCUUUCACAGUGGCUCCAGUUUUCCUCUCGCCUGAAAGAGUCGGAGGUCUCUCUGCUUGUGCACAGUAUGGUCUUGCUUUCUGCCAACUACCCAAAGCCUUCCCGCUAUUGACAGGAAGGAACAAGGAGUGAUCUGCCACUUCCAUUAAUUCAGCCAUCUCUCACCAUGUGGGGCAGGGCAACUUUCCCAUAGGGUGUCAACAUCUGCAGUCUACCAACAGAAGAAAUACCAAGCUUUACAACUCACAUCUCACUUUUAGAAGGUGAUUACUUAAUGCAGUGGAUUUAUUUGGUGAAGGAAAUGUGAUAACAUAACAACUGUUGCAAUCUCGAACUGGUCAAUGUUUUCAGGCUCAAAAUCAAAUCAGUUAUUUGUCACGUGUACAGGAUACAGCAUGUGUAAAUGGAACAGUGAAAUGCUUAUUUGCAAGCUCUGCUCAAGUGCAGUACUUAGGCUUGAAUGUAGUUUUGUUUACUUGUAAAGCUGAUGUUUUGUCAUAAGAUGUGGAGAAUGUGUAGCAUAGCUGGGGGAAAAAAAUAUUAUGUUCAGCUAACCAUAUUAAUACAGGUAACAUUUGAAAAGUAGUUUGCCAACAAGUCUGCCGACAUUCCAACCCACACCUACUAUAUAGCCUUUUUGGAGAGCAUAUGGUGUCAUUUUACUGGUCAUAUAUACAGGGGGUGGUAGUACUUGGUACAGUAGUAAGUAAGCUUUUGAGAUUGGGAAUUGAGAGUAGAUAGUACAUAUUCUAUGGAAUGUUGUUACAUACGACAGCAUUGGCAUGCAACAUUAGGUGCAAUUGUACGGUGAUAUUGAAUCUCAGGACACUGGGGAAUAAUAUGCCAUUUAGCAGACGAUUUAAUCCAAAGCGAUUUAGUCAUGCGUGGUCCUGGGAAUCGAACCCACUACCUUGGCGUUACAAGCACUUAGCGCUACCAACUGAGCUACAAAGGACACACUGCAAUUCAACAGGCCUUUCGAAGCAUUUACAUGUUUCAGCUAUGAUGGCACUUUACUUCAAGCAUUAUUUACUUGAUAGGAAAUGCAUUUAAUGUUGGAAAGAUUUAGUUGGAACCUUAUACACAGCUACAGAACUGUUGUAACAUGAGGUUUUUCUGGAAAUACUAGGAGAUCAUUUUUUUAAAUAGGAAAUGCCCUCAAUCCAUGUGCCUUGCUUGUGGACUGGUGCAAUCAAAUUGAAAUGUAUGGGAUUGCUAGCCAGUGGUUUUGAAGUUGCCAAUAAGAUUCUCAGAUACUAAAUAUGCAAACUGUUUUCUUACAAAAAAAAUUUUAAUCUACUUGUUCAACUCCUUUGGGGAUUGUGUUUUGAAAUCAGUUAUCUGGUGUAUUAAGGUAAUCUGUGUCUGAAAUAAAAUGUACUAUCUGAAAUA